CAUUUAAACAACACACAAUCCGUCUACUUAGACUCACCAUCUGUCCACGAACAAUGAAACCUUUACUGAUUUUGUUUUCCUUGUUGUUGUUGGUGCAGGAAAUCAGCUCAGAGGACAUCAUGACUCCGAGCAUGGACAUCCUCACUGAGCUGAAAUCCAUUAAGGAGCGAAUGAAAGUGAUGGAGGAGGAAAUAACUGAGCUACGGAGAGAGAACAGAGAUCAGGCGACUCGGCUGGAAACUCUGAACACCUCCCGCUGUGGGACGGAGGAUCUUCUGCCAACAAACAAAGACGUCAGAGUGGCUUUUUCUGCGUUCCUCUUGAACACUUUUGGACCCACGAACGUCGGACCUUUCACGUCUGCGACCACACUCAUCUAUAAACACGUCUUUCUGAACAUCGGAGAGGCGUAUGACCCAAACACGGGCAUUUUCACAGCUCCUCUGAAGGGUGCUUAUGUGUUCCGGGUUUUUUCCAAGGUGACAGCCGGACGGCCGACAACCUCCAUGACGGCUGGUCUUUAUAAAAACGACCAGCACGUGUUCUCCACUCACGCUCAGCAGACCGGAGGGUUUUACAGCUCGUCUAACGGAGCCAGUCUGUCGCUGGAGAAAGGCGACACCGUCAGCAUACGUCUUUAUGCCGGAACCUGGAUAUUCGACAACGGAGAGCAUCAUCACAGCUCCUUUAGUGGCCACCUGCUUUUCCCACUGUGAUGUGAUGCUUUCUGUUCCACUUAUUAAUGUACACAAUGUUGUGAGAAUGUACAAUGUCUUCAAAUAAAU